AUGCACAGGCCCAUCAACUGCCUAUCCCUAGAAUUUGCCGUCUUUGUAACGCUUAUCUGUAUAAUAGGAAAAGAUUCAUCGAAUCUAGUAGAACGAAGCUCAAUUUCCUACUCCGAGACUCAAGAGCAAUGGUACCGGCAGGGUGGUGACCUCCAAGAUAUUGCCGGUAUCCGACGCAAAGCUCUCCGCUGGGAUGGGAAAGACAGAGUCCUCAGCGGAAUGUGGCAUUUGUCAUGGAUUUGUCAUCGCAUCGGGGCUUCAUCGUCGUACUCCUCUACCGUCAGCGCACCAAAAGCUACAACUUUUAUCAUGCUUGAUUCCUCUAUAAACAACGGUAGUCCUCCACGGACACCCGUCUACUUUCUCAGUAUUGGCGGGCCCAACUUCAUGGAAGAUAUAGCCCAUCCGGCCUAUGUCAGACUAGGCGAAGUAGGACGCGAAAUCACCACAAAAGUGAAGCCAAAGGCGGUCAUUGUCUUUUCUGCUCAUUGGCAAGACGGCCCCAGCAAGAUUCAGAUUAAUGCUGCUGAACAGACAGAUUUGAUCUAUGACUUCUAUGGGUUUCCGCCUCACUAUUAUGAGUAUGACUAUCCGAACAGGGGGAGUCCUGAAAUUGCAGAAAAGGUUAUAGAAAGACUGGAAGGUACAGGUAUUCAGGUAGAGAGAGUUAAACGGGGCCUUGACCAUGGCGUCUGGGCGGGAUUCAUUGUUGCUUUUGAUCCAAAGAAAAAUCCAUUGAAUGUACCAAUUGUGCAAGUCUCACUUCUCAAUGGUGAAGACGUAGAUCAACAUUACCGCAUGGGACAAGCUCUAGAAAAGCUGCGAGAUGAAGGCAUCCUGAUAAUCGGCGCAGGCAUGGCCGUUCACAAUCUCCUCGACUUCCGAGCUAUGAGGAUGUCUGGCGGUAGCAAGCUCAUGCCAUACACCCUUAGCUUUGACGAGGCACUGAAGGAGGCUGCUACUGCAAAACCGGCAGAACGUCAGGCAAAGCUAUCAGCUCUUAUAAAACGCCAUGACGCCAGAAAGGCGCAUCCGACCUUGGAGCAUCUCCUUCCAAUUUAUGUCAGUGCCGGUGCUGCAGGCUCGGACGUUGGCGAACGACUGUGGACUUUUGCCGAAAUGAGUUUGAAUUGGGCUCAAUAUCGGUUUGGUGAAGUCUUAGAAGCAUAG